AUGGCCUGCCCCGGUUUUCAUUGGCACCAUGUUCCGCUACUAGAAAUUUGGAGGGAGAAGGACAAUGGUGAUGGAAACUCCUCCAUUAUGCUCGAGUCUUAUUGCCCCGAAGAAUCUGUAUCAAUUUUCAUUGAAGCUCUACGGAAUAACAAGGUUAAUUAUGACGGGUUAAAUAUUCCUCUACCAUUCAACUUAGAGAUCUUGAAAUGGGCUAAUGAGACGCGAAAGGUGUUGUCUUGUGCCGAGGUUCCAUCUCAAGUUAAAUUCUACAAUAUAUAUGGGACUAAUUUUGAGACACCUCAUAGCGUAUGUUGCUAUGUUGCUGGAAGUCUCAUGGCUCAAAAUCUGUGGAAUGAGAACAUAGGUGGACAUUUUGACAUAUCAUUGCAGGAAGUUUAUGGAAGUGACGAUGCACCUGUAACUGAUCUACAGCAAUUACCAUCUCUGCUGGCCAAGUACAUAUGUGUUGAUGGGGAUGGGACAGUUCCAUUGGAAUCUGCAAAGGUUAAUUAUGACGGGUUAAAUAUUCCUCUACCAUUCAACUUAGAGAUCUUGAAAUGGGCUAAUGAGACGCGAAAGGUGUUGUCUUGUGCCGAGGUUCCAUCUCAAGUUAAAUUCUACAAUAUAUAUGGGACUAAUUUUGAGACACCUCAUAGCGUAUGUUAUGGAAGUGACGAUGCACCUGUAACUGAUCUACAGCAAUUACCAUCUCUGCUGGCCAAGUACAUAUGUGUUGAUGGGGAUGGGACAGUUCCAUUGGAAUCUGCAAAGGGUAUUCCCUUAAAGCGAUGCGUUGCACUUGUGACUCCAUGUCUUGAAAAAUGA